UGAGGGGCGCAGGGGGCGGCGGCGGAGGAGGAGGAAGAGGAGGAGGAGGAGGAGGAAGAGGAAGAGGCGCUGCCCGGCGGGUCAGGGCGGGGAAGUCGCCGCCCGAAGAUGGCGGCCGCGGCGGGGCCACACGCCGGGGCUGCGGCGGAGGCGCGCUUCAUCAGCAGCGCCAAGGGAAAAGGCUUGUUCGCCACCAGAAACAUCCGCAAAGGGGAAACAGUCUUCGUGGAGAGGCCGGUGGUGUCGUCGCAGUUCCUCUGGAAUGCGCUGUACAACUACCGAGCCUGUGAUCACUGCCUGCGGGCGCUGGAGACGGCGGAGGAGAACGCCCAGCGCCUGCUGGGGAACAGCUCUCUGGUGCUGCCUCACCCGGAGCAGUGCAGCAUCCGGAAAGACCUGCACCAGCAGUGUCCCCGCUGCCAGGUGACGUACUGCAGUGCAGAAUGCAGGCAGGCAGCUCUGGAGCAGUACCACCAGGUGCUCUGCCUCGGCCCGUCCCGCGACGACCCCACGCACCCCCUCAACAAGCUGCAGGAGGCAUGGAGAAACAUGCAUUACCCCCCAGAGACCUCCAGCAUCAUGCUGAUGGCCAGGAUGGUCGCCACCAUCAAACAGGCUAAAGACAAGGAGUGGUGGAUCAAGGCCUUCUCCCAGUUCUGCAACAAGACAGCAAAUGAAGAAGAGGAGAUUGUGCACAAGCUGCUGGGGGACAAAUUUAAGGGCCAGCUGGAGCUGCUGCGCUUGCUCUUCACCGAAGCCCUUUACGAUGAAUAUCUCAGCAGGUGGUUCACUCCAGAAGGCUUUCGAUCCCUCUUUGCCCUCGUCGGGACCAAUGGCCAAGGCAUAGGAACCAGCUCCCUGAGCCAGUGGGUGCACGCGUGCGAUGCGCUGGACCUGCCCAUGCUGCAGCGGGAGGAGCUGGACGCCUUCAUCGACCAGCUCUACAAGGACAUUGAGAAGGAGUCGGGAGAGUUCCUCAACUGCGAGGGAUCAGGGCUCUACGUGCUGCAGAGCUGCUGUAACCACAGCUGCAUCCCCAAUGCUGAGACAUCCUUCCCAGAAAACAACUUCCUCCUGCAUCUCACUGCUCUGGAGGACAUCGACGCAGGAGAGGAAAUCUGCAUCAGUUACUUAGAUUGCUGUCAGAGGGAGAGGAGCAGACACAGCCGCAACAAGAUACUCAGGGAGAACUACUUGUUCACCUGCUCGUGUCCCAAGUGCCUCGCGCAAGCCGACGACGCCGACGUGACGUCGGACGAAGAGGAGGAGGGCGAAGGAGAGACGGACGAUGCAGAGCUGGAGGAUGAGAUGACUGACGUGUGAUCCUGGUCCCGGGCGAGAGGAGAGGGAAGGGAUGGAAGGGAAGGGCCUGGAGGCUCCUCCAAGAGGCAGCAGCUUUAAUUUAGAACAGGGUUGUGUCGUGGGGUCGGGUGGGCGCCGCGUGCCCAGGUGCCGGAGGGGGCAGCCGGGAGCCGGAGGCAGGCCCUGCUCCCGCCUGUCUGUGUCCCUGUGCGUGUGUGUGUGUGUGUCAGGCUGUCCCCGUCCUCCCUGCGAGGACAAGCUGUGAGCCAGUGGCCCUCCAGCACAUCCCAGUUCCCGGUGGGGCUGGCUGGUGCUUGCAGGGGAGGCUGGAGGAGAGUGGGGUCCAGCCAGCCCCUGGGACACCACGCUGUCACCCGUGAGGUCACUCUGCUGUGUCUGUGCAGGCUGUGGAUGUGGAGGAGCUUGUCCUUCCCACCC